AUGCAGUUCACCAAGUCUCUCCUGCUGCUGGCAGCCCUCACCUCCAGCUCUCUGGCCCGUCUCCAAGGCCACGAGCGCCGUCAGUACUCCUCCACCGCCUCCUCCACAGUCGCUUCCUCCUCCGCCUCCAGCGGCAGCUCCGCCUGGACCGCAACCCCAGCCGGAGGCUCCUACUCCACCGCUGGCUUCGGCAGCCGCACCUCAAACAGCGGCAGCGGCGAGACCUACGCCGGCAACGUCGGCAGCCCCUGGGGUAGCAACAUCAUCGAGGUCUCCGCCGAAUCGGCCUCCAACUACAAGAACGUCGCCCAGAUCAGCGGCCAGAACACUGAGCCCUGGACCGUCGUCUUCUGGAACAAGAUCGGCCCUAACGGCGGGAUGAACGGCUGGUACGGCAACGCCGCUCUGACUCUCACCCUCAACGCUGGCGAGACCAAGUACGUCGCGUUUGACGACGACACCGACGGCGGCUUUGCUGCCGCCGCUGGCGGUAUCCCCAGGGACUCGAACGGCGGGUAUGCCUCUACCUGGGGCGAGUUUGAUUUCAGCAGCGCCGGGAACGGCGGCUGGACUGGUUUCGAUGUUUCUGCCAUCCAGGCGCAGAAUGCGGGCUUGACCGUGCAGGGCAUGAAGAUCUGUGAUGCGCUGGGUGGCACUUGCUCCAGCAUCACUCCUAAUGCGGCGUCCGUUAACAAUGCCUAUACCUCUGCCGAGGCCGCUCUUGGGGGCAUUGGUGGAAACCUCUCUGGUGGUGGUGCCGUUCGCCUAGCUGUUACCAUUGACUACAGUGGUUAA